AUUACUUUCACUCCUCUUAUUAUAAUUUUCACUUCAUCACAACUCCCUUGCGAAGUAGCCUCAGCCGUACGCUACCGCGUCGCCGGCGAGAAUGGACGCUCCGUUCAAGUCAAUCGACGUCCGAGAUCUCCUCCCCUCUCACGAUCUCGACGACUCAUCUCCUCUCUCCGCGCCCGAUCUCCGUCUCCUAAUUGAUCAUCUCCAAGUCCGAUCUCUCCACAUCAAGUCCAAAGUCCAGAAAUACAUCCUUUCUCACCGCUCCGACUUUCUCGCGCUCUUCUCCCAGUGCUCCGCCGCUUUUUCCGGCGCCGAGCACCUCACCGGCGAGGUCUCCGAUCUUAUCGGACUGAUUUCGGAGUCUCCGAUUGAUGUGGAGAUUAAGGAUGUGGUUGAUCAAGUGAGUGAGAAGCGGAGGGAGGUGAGAGAGAAGAGGAAGGUGUUGGAGCUGGUGAGUGUGGUUGUGGAGGUGACUGAGAAGUUGAGGUUUGUUAAGGAGGAGAUGCGUGGAGGGAGAGUUGUCGAGGCUGCAGAGGCGGUGAGGGAGUUAGAGAAGGCCUUAGGGAUACGAGAUGGAGAUGGCGAGGCGGAAGGAGAGGAGGGAGAGCCUGUGGUUUACGGAUUGUUGAGGAGUGAGUGGAUGGAUUGCUUUCAGGAGAUACAAGAGAUACUUGCAAAGUUUAUGGAGACAGCUGUGAGUUUUGACCAGCAAAAUAAUGCUCUUCGUGUGAAGUAUCGCUCCUCUAUAAACGAAAACAGCAGUGUUGAGCUCCAUACAGUUCUGACGGCAAUGGAUGUUGUUGGCGUUAUGGAUUUUGGACUUGGAAAAAUAGCGGACCUUAUAAUUAAAUAUGUCAUCACUCAGGCUGUGAAUCCUGAAUCACAUAUUUCCUUUUCUGAAGAAAUAAAUCAAGACUCUGGACAUAUUGAUGAGGUGGUUUUGAAGAUGAUCCCGUCUUUUGACCCUGAGUUAAAAGGCAUUGAUGGUCAGGCUAUCUUUACAGGUAGUGUUCAGGUUGUAAAGUUUAUCAGCAACUCCUUUUGCUUUAAAAACAGACAUUGGAUGCGGUGUUUUGGAAGAUUGACUUGGCCAAGGAUGUCAGAGUUAAUUAUAUCAAAUUUCUUGUCCAAGGUUGUUCCUGAUGACCCAUCCAAACUUGCAGACUUCCAGAAUAUCAUACAACUCACAACUCAAUUUGAGACUGACUUAAAGGAUUUAAUGUUCAUCUCUUCAUCUGAUAACAAGGACGAAAGAUUAAGUGAGUUUGCUGACAAUGUUGAGGUUCAUUUUGCAUCUAGGAAGAAGGUUGAGAUCUUAGCUAAAGCUAGAAGCUUACUUCUGCAGUCAGAUUUCGUCCUUCCUCCGGGUUUUACCAGAGAGGCCACUUUAUUGAAGAAUGAACAAACUGAUGAGAAUUCCAUUCGUUAUGCUGAUUUGCUUUUCUCGUCAGAGAGGUGCGUUGUAUCUGGAGGAGCUGCUAAGCUGAUGGCUUUAGUACAUCAAACACUUAAGGAUGUCUGCCUUUCAUCCACGAGAGUGGGUUUGGAGUUCUACUAUGCUGCUCGGGAUGCUUUACUUCUUUAUGAGGCUGUUAUACCAGCUAAGCUAGGAAGGCAGCUUGAUAGCAUCAACCAGGCUGCUGUCCUCAUACACAAUGACUGUCUUUACUUGUCACGAGAAAUUCUUGGACUUGCAUACGAGUAUCGAUCGGGCUUCCCAAGCUUGCUCAAAGAACUCAUUGUAUUUGUUGAUCUGGCCCCAAGAUUCCAGCUGAUGGCAGAAGAUAUACUGCAUAGACAAGUUGAGCUUGUCAUCAAAAACUUAAAAGAGGCUGUUGAUGGUGCUGACGGAUUUCAAAAUACCCACCAAAUGAAAGAGUUCGAAUCUGCAAAGUUCAGUAUAGAUCAGGUUGUUUUUAUUCUUGAAAAAGUACAUAUAAUUUGGGAGCCGCUGCUGCCGUUGACGUAUAAGAGGUGCAUGGCAAUGGUCAUGGAGGCAGGUCUUUCAAGAAUUACAAAAGACAUACUCCUUUUAGAUGAUAUGGCAGCUGAAGAAACUUUACAACUUCAAAGGCUAAUUUACUUACUUCUGGAGAGCCUUUCUUCUUUAUUGGAGUCCUUGAAUGCUAUUACCGAUACAAGGAAAUUACCAGAAGGCUCAGUGCAAUCAAUCAAUGAGCUUGUUCCUUCUCUACGUAAAAUACGAAAACUUGCAGAAUUACUGGACAUGCCUUUGAGAUCCAUUACAUCAGCCUGGGAAUGUGGGGAGCUGUUCUUUUGUGGUUUUGUAUCAUCGGAGGUAAUGGAUUUCAUCAAAGCAAUAUUCACCGAUUCUCCUCUUAGAAAAGACUGCCUAUGGAGAAUAGAAAGUGCUGAUUUUAUGUAGUUUGAAGUUGCGAAAUUAAUUUGUAAGAGUGCAACCAACCAAAGAACAUGUUGUAGUUUUAGUGAUCAAGCCUUAUUGGUUUUGUUUUUACUCGCCGUGUAACAUAUUAUUCUGUAUUAGUAUUACUAGUAGUAGGGAUUUUUUUUUCAGGUGUAACAUAUUGCCUAUACUCGCUUUUGUGCGGAAUUUCAAAGAUGAAGCAACAAAAAGGGAAACAAUUAAAUUAAUAUUAUUGUUUGAUUAUUCAUUUAA